AAGGGUUAUAAAUCCCUCAAUAAAAGAUGGUAGAAAAAUUAAUAAAAUCCGAUCGAAAGAUCAACUCUCCUGACAAAAAGGUACAAAACGAAAACACUGACUUAACAACACAAAAUAUGGAAUUACACUUUGUGCGCCAUAAGUUAGAGGCUUUUCAGGCAAAUAUGUUGCGUGACGUUCAAAAACGUAUGUCCGGCAUGAUAGAUGAGGUCAUGCAAGAACUACGACAGCAAGAGUUGCAAGCCCAUGAAUUUCGUAAUUUUGCAAAGACACAAAUGCAACAACAAUCAAACACCUGGAGUAAUCGUGUACAUUUAACAUCAAACACAUCCAAUGAACCUUGUGAGAGAUCCACUGCGAAUACAAGUACAUGUCAUGGUGCAGGGGAUGAACAUCAGUAUGCAACAACUGAUGAAAAUAAACGAAGUCUUCGAACAUUACCCGAAAAAGUUUUUCGCAACAGAGAAUCAUAUUUAACAGCACUUUUAGAAGUCGAUCAUAUGAAGACAAUAUAUCAUAUAUUUUACAUAAUAUUUUUGGUCUUUCUGCUAAAUAAUAUCACCUAUGAUUAUUUCGUUAAUGGAAGUGUCAACUUUGGUCUGGGAACAUUUAAGGCAAGCUUUGCAAAAAUCCAUUAUGUUUUUGCCAUAUGGCUUGUACAGAAGAUGUUUGUAUGCAGCAUAUAUUAUGCACUUAAAGGCUGGUCCCAUGUCAGAUCCAAACUUGCCAAACAAGAAACUUUACAAAGACUGUGGUCAUCAUCCUGUCUUCUACUGUACAUCACAAGUCAAUUAAUAUUUACAUAUUUACCGCCAAAGGUCUGUCUAACAUUAGAUCUUCCAUAUGUAUCGGCCUGUGUCUUGCUGCUGGAAAGUAUUCGCAUGCUAAUGAAAAUGCAUGGAUUCGUGAGGACGAUAAGUGCUCGAGUAUUGCAAGGCAAACUGAAAACGGAUAAUGACGGUACAGCAUCCACUGCCAGUGUUAUGCCACCAUUUCAAAAAUAUUCCUACUAUUUAUUCGCUCCAACUUUAUUGUAUCGUGACAACUAUCCACGAACAGCUGUUAUACGUUGGAAAUUUGCUCUUGGUCGUUUCCUUGAGGUUGUGGCCAUCGCUUUCCUUUACAGUUAUAUUUAUGAACGUCACAUCAAAGUGAUCUUUGGUAAUUUCGGCAUUGAGGAAGUUACUGUCGGAUCCGUUAUCAUCAAGUUGUUCGGCAUGCUCAUGCCUUGCAUUAUCAUCUAUCUGUGUGGUUUCUAUCUAAUACUUCAUUCAUGGCUAAACUUUACAGCCGAAUUGCUACGUUUUGGUGAUCGCAUGUUCUAUCGUGACUGGUGGACGGCAAGCAAUUAUGAGGCAUACUAUCGCAAUUGGAAUGUUGUUGUCCACGACUGGCUCUACGAAUACAUCUACAAGGAUUUAUAUUUGUAUGUCUUUAAAGGCUCCAAGUUUGCAUCGUCACUAAUGGUGUUUACAAUAUCGGCCCUAUUUCAUGAAUACGUCUUGGGAUACGCCUUGCAAGUUUUCUUCCCAGUCAUGUUUGUGUUCUUUGGUAUUAUUGGAGUUUUGAUGAUUUUCCUAACUCGUUUCGCUCCAAAGAAUGUUGGCAACAUAAUGCUAUGGUUUUCUUUAAUCUAUGGAAACUGCAUGAUGAUUUCACUAUAUAGUAUGGAGUAUUUUACUAGGAUAAAUUGUCCCAAAGAUUCAUAUGAAAGUUGGUCUGAUAUACUAAUAUCGCAUUUGUGGAGUUGUUACAUGAAAUAG